GCGCACGUGCAAUUACCUGGUAUAAUGACGCUUAGUUACAUAUAAGGCAAUUAGUAUAUCGACAACUGCCUUUCCACGUCACGCCCUCGAAAAUGCUUCGCUCUAAUCCAUCGUUCGUGCAUCUCCCACUGACCCUCUUUCUCUUGAUAUAACGCCACCAUGAUAUCCCACAAGGAAUCCCCGAAGGAGGGCAUCGCCGACCAGCAGGCAUCGCAGCAUCCAGCACUCGAACCCAGCGCACAUCAGCCCGUUGAUAGUCCCAUGGAUCGCGUACCAAAAGAAAUUCUCGGCCUUAUCUUCGAAUUUUGCGUCGCACGAGAAGCCUCGCUGCCAAACCAGUUCUUCCACAACACCGCCAAGUGCCCAUGGCUCCUCACCCGUGUCUGCGGCAUCUGGAGGGAGCUAGCGUGCAAAACGAUGAGCCUUUGGACGACCAUCCGCAUAUCGGUCGACGCUCUCGAGGAGUCCGGGCGAUCACUGGCCGACGUUAGCGACCUCCUGCGCAACUACCUGCAGCGAUCGUACCCGCUCCUGCUGCACAUCACCGUCAUGAGCGAGGACAGCUUCCCGGCGCACAUCCUGAACCCGAUAGUCGACACCUGCGAGCGCUGGCACUACCUCUUCCUCUUCGCCCACCCCGAUGACUUUCCCCGCUUCGCCGUCAUCCGUGGCCGCAUCCCCGCCCUCCAGUCCCUGCAGGUUAUUCCAACGCGCAUCGGCGAGCCAACGAAUACAACACCUACCAUGUUCGAAAUAGCGCCAAAGCUCGACACCCUCUCGCUCGGCGGACACGCGCUCGAGCUAAACUUCGCCCUUCCAUGGAAGCAGAUCCGCAUAUUCGAGGCGAACUACAUUGACCCGGCCGACGUUUUGCGCUUCCUCCCACUCAUGCCUGCCCUCGCUGACCUCAAAUUGGGGCGUGAGCCUCCGGAGCAUACACCGGGCCCCACACAGGGGAUCAUGAUAACCCUUGCGAGGCUGCGCGCGCUGACGUUGAACGUCUCCGAGGGUCAGCGGUCACCGGCCCAUCCGGGAGACCUGCUCGACCAUCUCACGCUGCCCGCGCUGGAAGACCUGGAGGUGGAGUGCGACGUGGAGGAGAGCAUCGAGACCUUGCGGCGGCUGAUUGAGCGUUCAGACUGCCGUAUCGAGGCGCUCACCUUGGUCGUCACCUUCAAGUGUAGGGGGAAUCUGCUGGGCUUGUUCCGCCUCACGCCGCACCUGCAGCGGCUGACGCUGUUCGACGGGACGUCGAUGACGGAGCCGAGGUUGCUGGACGCGCUCGUGGUGCGUCCGGAGGACCCGGGAAGUGUGUUGCUGCCGAAGUUGGAGCGUACCACGCUGCUUGCGAGCAGCCCGCUGCCUGAGGAGGACGUCCUGCGUUGGCUAGAUGUGUUUGAGUCCCGAGUCAAUCCGCCGCAGCCGCUGAACGAGGACGGGGAGGUGGACGAGGCCCGGCGCGUGCACGCCUUGCGCGGCAUACUCAUGGGCUGCACAUCUGGGGAGAAUAUCGUGGAUAACAGAGUUUGCGUGGACCGCUUUAACGGGAUCAUGGCCGCUGGAGUGUCGGUGGACCUGUGGCGCGCCGACUCUCUCGGUGUUGGUGGUUAUGAGCUCGGAUUGACGCAGAUGGGGGGAACGCGCGCCGCAGAGGCUGGGGAGGGAACCAAGGGCUUGUCCGACUUCGAAAGUGCCGCUCGCUACAGGCGAGUCUGUCCGAUCAAGGAAUCCCGACAUAUGGAUUGA